CUUCUUCUUCCUUAAUCCUUCAUUCUUCUUUCUCUAUGGCCUCAUAUUUUCCAUAUUGAAUUCUUCAGUUUUAUGCAGAAAAAAAAGAAUAUUAGAAAUUAAAGAUAUAAGGAAAGGAUGACGUCAAAUUCGGAGUACUAUAUGUUUGGACCUCACAAGAUACACAAAAAUUUUAUAUUUUACGCCACUAAUCUUUCAUAUGUAAUGGUCAACCUUCGUCCCGUUCGUCCUGGUCAUGUAUUAGUGAUUCCAAAGCGAAUGGUUAAGCGCUUUGUGGAUCUGAAGGGUGAAGAGGUAUGCGAUCUAUGGCUCACAGCUCAACUAAUUGGUGCUAAAUUGGAGCUCUUUCACAACGCUUCCUCCCUUACUUUAAACCUUCAAGAUGGGCCAAAAGCAGGACAAACUGUACCACAUGUUCAUAUCCACGUUAUCCCGAGGAAAGCUUGUGAUUUUAAGAGAAAUGAUGAUAUCUACGAUGCGAUGAAUGAAAAUGAUAGAGAAUUAUCAAAGCAACAUAUUGAUAUGGAAGAGGAGAGGAAGGACAGAGGGUUUGAGGAGAUGAAAGAAGAAGCUCAUCACUACACAAAACUUUUCUUCUAGACAUUAUUAUUGUAUUACUUUAUGUGAUUAAUUAGGUUUGUGAGUUUGGUUUGCUGUGUCACUUUUAAAUAACAUCAAAUUUAUGUAUAUAUUAUUAUAAUCGAUAUAUGUCAAUAUCCGUCAUCGUUUUACUUC